UUUUGCUCGCUGCACUGCUCUGCUUGAAGGGAUGCGAGACCCUUACCCAAAAGAUGCCUCUCGCAUGGUGUUGAUGUUAACUGGUGCCCUGGCCUGCUUGUUCUCGGAACCUCACAGUGUUAAGGGAUUGAAGCUUUAUCUCAAAGCUUACAAGAGUAACACAUCUGAAACUGUCACAAUGGUCAAAAGCAGGCAAGCUCAGCAUGUACCCAAAAUAGUGAAGGCCUUUGUAGACCAAGUACUGCACAUACAUCCCUCUUUAACAUUUGACAGUGAAUGUGCAAUUACAACAAAGGACAAGGAGAAGCUAGAUGUGGAGACUUCUACAAUUUUAGAGUUGUUAUUGGCUAUCUCACCUGGUAACAGAGAAGUGCAGGAGCUUCAAGCAGCAUAUUUGUGUUUGAGUGGCAGGUUUGUUGAAAGUGCAGAGGUCUACUCAGCUCUCUUGCAUCAUGAUGGUCAGAACUUGUCAGAAAGGUCAUUCCAGGUCACUCCUGAGAGAAGAGCUGGGCUCCUAACCAGUCGAGCAGCUGCCUGCUUGUCAGCUGGUGGACGGACUGCGGAGGCUUGCAGGGAUCUGGGGGAGGCGUUUGAGACCCACCCUGCCAAUGCCCGGAUUUAUUUUCAAAAGCUAUUCACAGAUAAUGGCACAGGGUUGGCUGCUCGUAACCAUCUCCGUCAGCAGGCAGAGGGAGGCCUGUCUGGGUACAGAGAGAGGGUCCUCCUCCGCCCAGACCUGCGGUCCACUGAAGGAGUUGAACUACUGGACCCUGUCAUCACUCGGUUACGGACCCUGUGCCACUUAGAGGCUGACGGGGGAGGGAGGGAGCUGCGGGUACGGCUGGCCGACUGUCUUCUCCUCAGAGGGGAACACAAAGAGGCGCUCUCCAUCUGCAGCCAGCUAGCGGCAGCCAAAGGUCAGCAGAGCUAUCAAAACACAGUGCAGGUUCUCCGUGGAUAUGCACGACUUCUCUCAGACGACCACAAGGGGGCGUUAGAAGACUUCCAGGCUGUGAUUGAACACGAUGCCCCCCACCCGUCCAGCUGUGUGCGGGCCCUCUGUGGCAGGGGGCUCCUGCGCAUGAUGGGGGGAUCAAACUACCUCACAGCUCUAGACUAUGUGACAGCCAGCGGGCUGCACCCUCAGGAAACAGCACUGACUGUCCGCUGCUUGGUGCCAUGGAACUACCGGGGGCUGCUGUUCACUGUUUUACUGGAGCAGGGACGGGUCAUGCUGGAGGGGGCAGCAGAGCACAACGCCAGGUCCAGGACCAGUGAAGACUCCCAGCAGCCCCAUCAGGGGGAUAAGCCACAAUCAAAGAAAGACAACCACAGAUCAGGGACUCCUGCUGGUGUCCAGUCCCUGGCUGCACUGCUGGUGGAGCUGCAGCCCGGUGCUGAUGGGUCUCAGAUUCUGGCAGCAGAUGCCUUGUACCAGCUUGGCCGGGUGGAGGAGGCCUACCGGCUACUACUCUCCAUCGGGCCCACCAACCCUCGGGCACCCAUCCUGGCUCGCCUCGCCCUGCUGCAGCUUCACAGAGGCUUUCUUUAUGACACCAAUCAGCUGCUGAAAAAGCUCAUUCAAUGUGGCGAUACCAGCUGCUUGCGCCCCCUGUUGGCUGUGGCACAACAGAAGGACCGGGCUCUGCUGCAGGCGCACUGCCACUCUGUUGCCAAACGCAUCCUGGAGGGCACUAAAGAGGAGAGCGCCAUGAGGGAGGCUGUGGCAUAUCUCUCCAUCGCUAUCAUGGCCUCUGGUGGUGAGGCAGCAGAAUCUUUACUGGAGAGAGCGAGGUGUUACGCACUGCUGGGCCAGCGAAAGACAGCCAUCUUUGAUUUCAGUGCCAUUCUGAAAGAGCACCCUAAACAUCCUCAGGCCCUCUGUGGGAGAGGCUUCACCUAUCUCAUGCUGAACCAACAAAAGGAAUGCACUCAUGAUAUCCUGGCAGCCCUUCAGAUAAACCCUGACAUGGGUAUCAAAGACAUCCUGUCUCUUAAUGACAAGGCACGGAAGCUCGUCUGUGAUUGGCUGCAUCAGUUCUGUCGGAGCAAUCUGUCAGAUCUCCUGCUCACUAACACUGUCCCCUGCCAUGAAGAGCAGCUCAGAGAGGCUUUUAUAAUUGUCGGAGCUCUGAUGAGGACGGACUGCAGAGAGCCCAGAUGGCAUCUCCUCUAUGUGGACAUACUCCUAGCCAAAGGUGAAGUGAAGGCAGCAGCCACUCAUCUGUGCCAGGUGUUUGGACAGGAGCCAAGAGAUGCAGUGGCCCAGGCCCGGGUGGGCGUGGUGGAGGCCUGGCAGCAGAACUACCACAGCGCAGCUCGCCGGCUCAGCAAACUGACUGAGAAACACGAAUCCAGUCUUCCCCCCCUGCUGGCCCUGAUCCCAUUCAGUCAGCGGAAACGCAUGGCACAGGCAGCAGCUCAGGAGGCGAGCAGUGUGUCUUCAGGUGGCCGUUGGGACCGGGCCCUCUCUCUCCUCUCUGUGGCCGUACAGGCAGCAGGAGAUCACAGACUCCAGUAUCUCCGGCAGCGGGCCGCCUGCCUCGCUCAGCUGGGCCUACACGAGCGGGCCGUAUCCGACCUGGACCGAGUUAUCAAGAAACACAGUGGGUCCCAGGCCAGAUGCUCAGAUGACCCCCGGGUCAGGGCGGAGGAUCUGUGUCGGCGGGGCCGCAGCAUGGUGCUCUGCUCCAGAGAGGCAGCAGCUCUGGAGGACUUCUGUCAGGCCUUGGAGCUUCACAGGAAACAGGCUCUUCAGUGUGUGGAGGCUGGACUGGGGAGGCUGCGUCUGGCUGAGUGUUUCCUGCGGGGGGCGCUUCAACUCUACGGGGAGCAGCAGCUCAGUAAAGCCUGGACACUGAUCGAAAGUGGGCUCCUUGUGGAUGGUGAGAACGCAGAGCUCCGCAGACUGAGGGCAAGGGUCAAAAGAGAAGAGGCCAGCCCCUGCAAUAUCAACUAGUGUUUAUAGUCCGAAACUCACAUAAUGUAGACAUGUCAGUGCCUAAACCUUAUGAAAUCUUCAUGUGUAAGUGGAUUUAACACAGUUUGAUAGCAGGCUUGAUAAGUACAUAUUAUGUCUUUAUGUAAUUUAACUUCAUUUUGGAGCAUUGACAAAAUAGUGUGUUAUAGUUUUCAGCAUUGUCUUAAUUGCAGCAAAUGUUGAAAUUGAGAGGAAUAUGUGAAUGGUUGAGGAUUAUAACACCACACGUUUUAUUGAAUGAUUUAUUAUCCCGUAUUUUAUGAACUGAUUUAACUAUGGCACUUCAUACAUUUGAUGUCUGAAAUAUCACUAAUAUGAUUAUUGUGGUUACAUAAACAAAAGAUGAUGGUCUUGAUCAUUAUAUGAUAUAAA